CACGUGCACUCUGUGUGGGCUUUUCCGGCUGCGAGAGAAAAAUGUGCAACAAGAUUAGGAUGUAAGGAGAGAGGAGCUCGCGACCACAGCGCGGAUCAAAGACAACACCGCCGCCAUGACUGCACCAUAUUAAAGGUGAGUCCGCAGGUAACGCGAGGUGCACAGACAGGUGCGGGGUGCAGAGGAGGAGCAGUUCGAGAGGUGGAGGACGGAAGGAGAAAAGAAGCGGUACAAGUGAGGAAGAGGAGGAAAUGUUACUCCGGAGGAGAAAGUUGGUGAAGGUGUUGAGUGAUGGCGGCUUGUUCAUCGAGUUUAAAGAGCCGGAGCAGUGGAGAAAACUAGGUGUUCUCUCUGGAGGAAGAGAUGGAGAAAACUAGGUGUUCUCUCUGGAGGAAGAGAUGGAGAAAACUAGGUGUUUACGAGAUUGAGAAAACUUGGAUAUAUAUAUAUAUAUAUCUGGAGUCUCUGUGUUGUAUUUCUACAAUCCAUGUCAACAACUGGAGUUGGAAGCACUGGAGGCCACAAAGGCAGCAGAAGAAUGGUCAGCCCAUUGUACUCCAUGAGAGGAUGGACUGAGCUCUUCAGGACUUGUGUUUUAAAUGAUGGGCGCUUCACAAGGAUUAAUUGAGAGCCAGCCGACCAACAUGACUCUCCCUCUGUACCUGUCCAAGGAGGAGUUUGUGUACAGGAUGUCUCCUCAAACAGGCAAACCUGCUCUGAACUCCUGCUUGAGGCUGCAGCACUCCUUCUCUGUGGACCAGGUGGACCCCGAGGACGGGCCAGCCCCCAGGAAGGACUCGAGAAAGGCCAAGAAGCAGGUGACCUUCGCCGACCACCGAGGGUUGUCUCUAACCAAAGUGAAGACGUUCUCUCAGUUCGACGAUCCCAUCGACAUCCCGCUGAACAUCCAGGAGAUGCUCAGCUCCGCUCUGUCUCUGAUGUCCGAGGAGGACAAGCUGGUGCUGGACUUCACUCAGCCCUCCUCAGACUACCUGCACUUCCGCCAGAGUCUGGAGAGGAACUUGGUGUGUCUGGAGCACUGCGUGCUGAAGGAGCGAGCUCUGGCGGGAACCGUGAAGGUCAAAAACGUGUCCUUCGAGAAGGCCGUGAAGCUGCGGUUGACAUCGGAUGGCUGGAGGAGCCACCGAGACGUGCACUGUGAGUACGUGAAGGACUCGUACCCCACCUCCUACAGCGACACCUUCUCCUUCAGCGCCGCGCUGCCGGAGCAGCUGAGGCCUCACGAGCGGGUGGAGUUCGCCGUCUGCUACGAGGUCUGUGGGCGCGAGUACUGGGACAGCAACCAGGGGGGCAACUACCGGACCGCCUGGUCCUCCGCCAGGGGGAGCCGGCAGGGCGCCUGCAGCCGCCACACAGACUCCUUUGACUUUGGGAUUCAUUUCGACCGCUACGGAAGCCCCACCUGCUCACACGGCAUCUUCCCCGACUGGCCGAGCUACGCGGGAUACGAGAACACAGGCCCGUACUACUGAACCGGAAGCACAAACGCUCAAGGGUCCUCAUCGUAGGCUCAUCUUCUGUGGGAAGGGUUAACUGGUUUACCUGGGUUAGCUGAGUUAGCUGGUUUAACUGGGUUACCCGGAUUAACUGGUUUACCUGGGUUACCCGUCUGGUUACUUCAUUAGAGUAACGUUACAUCUUGAGCCUGCACACCUUUACGCGUCGUUGUCUUCUUGUCUGUCUUUACCUGGGUUAAUUUGAUGACGUGAGCCGGUUCUGCAUCAUGUUAUUUAUCCGACCUGAAGAACCUUUUGCACCUUUUUUUAUUUGUAAACAAUGUCUUGUUUGUUAUUAAAAUUAUUUCUGAAGUCUGAUUGUACACGUGAUCUCAUGUUUUAGCCAAUAAAUUAAAGUCAAACAUUUGAACUUC